AUGGUCAACGACAAGCUCAUCUGUGUCAUUGGUGCGACUGGUAACCAAGGCGGUUCCGUCGCCCGUCGUUUCCUUCUUGCAGGUUACAAAGUCCGAGGUCUUUGCCGCGAUACCUCCUCCGCCUCCGCCCAAAAACUCACCGCAGCUGGUGCCGAAGUUGUGUCUGUCGAUUUGAACGAUGUCGAAACCCUCAAGGAAGCCUUCAAAGGCGCCAACGCCAUUUUCAGCGUGACAAACUACUGGGAGCCCUUCUUCCGACCUGAUUGCCGACUCCAGGCCGCUGAAAAGGGUAUCUCAUGUCGUGAGUUUGCGUACAACGUUGAGGUCCAACAGGGAAAGAAUAUUGUUGAUGCUGCUGCUACUGUAGCUGGGGGACUUGACGAGAAUGGCUUUUUGGUCUCGACUUUGAGUCAGGCUGAGAAGUGUAGUGGUGGAAAGUUUAAGGAUUUGUAUCAUUUUGAUGGAAAGGCAGAUGUCUUCCCUCCUUAUAUCGAGGAGAAGUAUCCUGAGCUUGCGGCAAAGGUGUCGUGUAUUCAUACGGGAUUCUUUUAUACGAGCUUCAACAUUCUUCCCGACUCUUAUUUCCAGAAGCAAUCCGACGGAAGCUUCGAAAUGGCCUUCCCUACUACCCCCGAAGCCAUGGUCCCUCACCUGGAUCCUGUAGGCGACCUCGGAAACUUCAUCUACGCCGUAUCACAAAUGCCUCCAGGAAAGGCAUAUAUGGCUGCCGGUACUUUCUGCACUUGGCCUGAGUGGAUCGAGACAUGGGGCCGCAUUAACAAUAUCUCCGUCAAGUAUCGACAGUGUACUGUUGAUGAGAUGAUUGAGGCUACGCCUGAUAGGGAUGCUGGUAUCGAGACGUCGUUGAUGUUUGAUUAUGCUUCGGAUCCUGGUUAUGGUGGUGGUAUGGAUCUGCUGACUGCUAAGGAUAUCGAAAAGGCCGGCAUUGAGUGCCCCAUGACUACUUGGGAGGAAUGGGCGAAGAAGUACGACUGGUCUCAUAUUCUCAAUCAAUAG